ACCUGCUAAUCAGAAGAGAAGGCGGGCUUUUCCGGGUGCCAUGGUGCAGGAUUCGCUUAGUAGCUGAGCAGUCUUAAAUGGUUCUGUGUGCUGUGCUGUCUGUCCUGCCGCUGGAUUCUGUAAGGCUUGCUCAGACAAGCUCCAAAGUCGCGACAUGGAUACACUGACCUAUGAUGACGUACAUGUGAACUUCACUCGAGAAGAAUGGACUUUGCUGGAUCCUUCGCAGAAGAGUCUCUACAAAGAUGUGAUGCUGGAGACCUACAGGAACCUCACUGCUAUAGGUUACAAUUGGGAAGACCAUCCUAUUGAAGAACAUUGUCAAAGUUUCAGAAGACAUGGAAGGCAUGAAAGAAGUCGUACUGGAGAGGAACCCUCUGAAAAUACUCAGUGUGGUAAAGCCUUUGCAUAUCACAGUUAUCCUCAAAGGCAUGAAAAAAAUCAUACUGGAGAGAAACCCUAUGAAGGUAUUGAGUAUGGUGAAGCCUUUGUACAUCACAGUAGUCUCCAAAUGCAUAAAAUGAUACAUACUGGAGAGAAACCCUACAGAUGCAAUCAAUGUGGUAAAGCCUUUGCACAACACAGUCAUCUCCAAAGACAUAAAAGUGCACAUACUGGAGAGAAACUCUAUGAAUGUAAGCCACAUGAUAAAGCCCUUACAUACCAUUCUCAACUUCAAAAUCUUGAAAAAAUUCAUACUGGAGAAAAACCUUACCAAUGUAACCAAUGUGGUAAAGCCUUUGCACAUCGUCGUAAUCUUGGAAUGCAUAAAAUAAUACAUACUGGAAAGAAACCCUACAAAUGCAAUCAGUGUGGUAAAGCCUUUGCACGACACAGUCAUCUCAAAAUGCACAGAAUAACACAUACUGGAGAAAAACCUUACAAAUGUAAUCAAUGUGGUAAAGCCUUUGCAUAUCAUAGUUAUCUCCAAGUACAUAAAAGAAGUCAUACUGGAGAGAAGCCCUAUGUAUGUGAUCAAUGUGGUAAAGCCUUUGCAUAUCAUAGUUAUUUCCAAGUACAUAAAAGAACACAUACUGGAGAGAAACCCUAUGAAUGUAAGCAAUGCAGUAAAUCCUUUGCCUCUCAUGGUCAACUUCAAAGUCAUGGAAGAAUUCAUAAUGGAGAAAAACCCUACAAAUGUAACCAAUGUGAUAAAGCCUUUGCACAUCAUUGUAAUCUUCGAAUGCAUAAAAUGAUGCAUACUGGAGAGAAACCCUACAAAUGCAUUCAAUGUGAUAAAGCCUAUUCACGAUACAGUAAUCUCCAAAUACAUAAAAGCACACAUACUAGAGAGAAACUCUAUGAAUGUAAGCAAUGUGGUAAAGUCUUUACAUACCAUUGUGAACUUCAAAGUCAUAAAAGAAUUCAUACUGGAGAGAAAUCCUACAAAUGUAACCAAUGUGGUAAAGCCUUUACACUUCAAUGUAAUCUUCGAAUGCAUAAAAUGAUACAUACUGGAGAGAAACCCUACAAAUGCAAUCAGUGUGGUAAAGCCUUUGCACGACACAGUACUCUCCAAAUUCAUAAAAGCACACACACUGGAGAGAAACCCUAUGAAUGUAAUCAAUGUGGUAAAGCCUUUGCAUCUCAUAGUUAUCUCCAAGUACAUAAAAGAAAACAUACUGGUGAGAAACCCUAUGGAUGUAAUCAGUGUGGUAAAGCCUUUGCACAACAGGGUCAUCUCCAAAUGCAUAUAAUAACACAUACUGGACAGAAACCUUACAGAUGUGAUCAAUGUGGUAAAGCCUUUGCAUAUAAUAAUACUCUCCAAGUACAUAAAAGAACUCAUACUGGUGAGAAACCCUAUGAAUGUGAUCAGUGUGGCAAGGCCUUUGCACAUCGUUGUCAUCUCCAAGUACAUAAAAGAAUACAUACUGGAGAGAAACCCUAUGAAUGUAAUCAAUGUGGUAAAGCCUUUGUAGGUCAGAAUGAUCUUAAAAGACAUGAAAGAAUUCAUACUGGAGAAAAACCUUACAGAUGUAAUGAAUGUGGUAAAGCCUUUGUAUGUAAUGCUAGUCUCCAAAUACAUAAAGCAACACAUACUGGACUGAAACCGUAUGAAUGUAAGCAAUGUUGUAAAGCCUUUGCCUCUCAUGGUCAACUUCAAAAACAUGAAAGAAUUCAUACUGGAGAGAAACCUUACAAAUGUAGUCAAUGUGGUAAAGCCUUUUCACAAUCAAGCCACCUCCAACUACACAAAAGAACACAUAUUAAAGAGUAACUGUAUGAAUGUAACCAUUGUGGUAAAGCCUUUACUGUGAUAUUCAAAGGUGUGGUAAUUUAAAUAUACUUGGCCCAUGGCAAGUGGCAGUGUUAGGAGGUAUGGCCUUUCUGGGGUAGAUGUGGCCUUUGAGGAAGUAUGUCACUGUGGGCGGUGGGCUUUGAGAUCCUAUGCUUAGGCUCUUCCCAGGGUGGAAGAGUCUUCUGGCUGCCUUCUGACCAAGAUGUAGAACUCUCCAGCACCAUGUCUGCUUGGACACUGCCCUUCUUUCUGCCUUGAUAAUAGACUGAACCUCUGAAUCUGUAUACCACCCCCAAUUAAACAUCCUUUAUAAGA